GUAAUGGUUAUCUGACAGUGAGCGAGUCCUGUUAGCAGCGCUCAGUAGCUCCUCAAACUGACCUCCGCUCCCAACAUGGCUGGUGUUCGAGCUCUUGGUGUUCUCUCAAGAUUGUCAGCCAGACGAUAUGGUCUUCUCUCAGGCAAUACUUUCCGCACCUUCUCAGUAGCUCCUGCCAUGCUUGCCCGAACACACGUCAACUACGAAGUCAAGGAUGACGUCGCCGUCAUUCGGAUCAACGACCCAAACUCCAAGGUUAACACACUGUCAGUUCAGAUGCAAAACGAGAUGACGGAGGUCAUGAAUGAAGUGUGGGCCAACGAUGCUGUGAAAAGUGCUGUUCUCAUCUCCUCGAAGCCAGGAUCCUUCAUUGCAGGAGCUGAUAUUAAUAUGAUCCAGGCCUGCAGCAAUGCGGAGGAGGUAAUCAAACUCUCUCAGGCAGGACAGCAGAUGUUUGAACGGAUUGAACGAUCUCCUAAACCCAUUGUUGCUGCUAUCAAUGGUUCUUGUUUAGGAGGAGGCCUGGAGUUUGCCAUUGCCUGUCAAUAUCGAAUUGCAACAAAAAGCAAGAAGACGGUUCUUGGUACUCCUGAAGUCAUGCUGGGCCUUCUGCCUGGAGCUGGUGGCACACAGAGGCUCCCCAAAAUGCUUGGGCUUCCAAGUGCCUUUGACAUGAUGCUAACAGGAAGAAACAUCAGACCAGAUAAAGCCAAGAAGAUGGGGCUUGUCCACCAGCUUGUUGACCCACUAGGGCCUGGGCUGAAAAGUCCAGAGGAGAGAACAAUGGAGUACUUGGAAGAAGUUGCUAUUGAAUAUGCCAGAGGGAUUGCCAACAAGAGCAUCUCUAUUCAGCAAAAGAAAAACAUGAUGAAGAGAAUCGAAGAAUACGUGAUGAGCUUUGAGUUUGUACGAAAUAAAGUUUUUGAAACUGUCCGCAAUAAAGUCAUGAAGCAGAGCAAAGGACUUUAUCCAGCACCGCUGAAGAUCAUUGAAUGUGUGAAGACUGGAGUGGAAGAGGGCCCCAUCGCUGGAUACUUGGCAGAGUCUGUGAACUUUGGUCAGUUGGCACAAACCCCAGAAUCAGCCGCACUGAUCGGCCUGUAUCACGGUCAAGUAGCGUGCAAGAAGAAUCGCUUCGGAACCCCGGCGAGACCGGUGAAAACUCUUGCCAUUUUGGGAGCAGGUCUGAUGGGAGCAGGCAUCGCCCAGGUGACCGUGGAUAAAGGCAUCAAUACAAUCCUCAAGGACACCACUGUGGAAGGACUGUCCAGAGGAGAGCAGCAGGUUUUCAAAGGGCUCAACGAUAAGACCAAGAAGAAGAGCAUCACCUCCUUUGAGAGGGACUCCAUAAUGUCCAACCUGACCGGUCAGCUGGAUUACAAAGGGUUUGAAAAAGCCGACAUGGUUAUUGAAGCCGUGUUUGAGGACAUCAACAUCAAGCAUGUCGUCCUGAAGGAAGUUGAAGCCGUUAUCCCCCCUCACUGUAUAUUCGCAAGCAACACCUCCGCUCUCCCCAUCAAGGACAUUGCUGCUGCCAGCAAGAGACCAGAUAAGGUGGUUGGAAUGCACUACUUCUCUCCGGUGGACAAGAUGCAGCUCCUGGAGAUUAUAACCACUGAUAAGACCUCAAAGGACACGACGGCGUCCGCUGUGGCGGUCGGCCUGAAGCAGGGCAAAGUCAUCAUAGUCGUCGGCGACGGACCUGGGUUCUACACAACCAGGUGUCUGGCACCUAUGCUGGCUGAAGCAGUGAGAGUACUUCAGGAAGGCGUCGACCCCAAGAAGCUGGAUGGACUCACAACAAGCUUCGGGUUCCCUGUGGGCGCCGCCACGCUGGCCGAUGAAGUCGGCAUCGAUGUCGCGGCUCACGUGGCCGAGGAUCUUGGCAAAGCGUUUGGCUCCCGCUUUGGUGGCGGAAAUGUGGAGGUUUUAAGGACCAUGGUGGAUAUGGGAUUUAAAGGACGGAAAUCAGGAAAAGGCUGCUACAUCUACCAUCCAGGCCGCAAAGGCAAAGAUGUCAACCCAGAGGUCGGAGACAUUCUGGAGCAAUUCAAAAUCACACCAAACCCAGCCGUUUCGUCGGACUCCGAUGUGCAGUACAGACUCGUUUCUCGAUUCGUCAACGAGGCGGUGCUGUGUCUGCAAGAGGGCAUCUUGAACAGCCCGCUGGAGGGAGACAUCGGCGCUGUGUUCGGACUGGGAUUCCCCCCUGUCUCGGCGGUCAGUCAACCUGUCCCCGGACCUUUCCGCUUCGUAGACACGUUCGGUGCCGACAACCUGGUGGACAAGAUGAGGAAAUUUGAAGAAGUGUACGGGAAUCAGUUCACUCCAUGCCAACUCCUGCUGGAUCACGCGAAGGAUUCCAGCAGGAAAUUUCACAAGUGACCGACUUGCCAGUAGCUCCUGAAAAACUCCAGUUUGUCACUUACAAUGUGCCUAACAUCGAUUAGUGAGGAGGGUAAACAUGCUGACGGUACACUUUGACCGGUUAUUAGGUGCAGCUAACCUAAACUGAUGCUGUCUGAUGCAAUAAUUCCUAACUUUCAUGACAGUUCGGAUUUUUCACUUUUGUGUUGACUGAAGUGAAAACCCACAGAUUGCAUAUAUUUUAGGUUGGUGUGCCUAACAAACUGGCGAGAGUGUGCAUAAUGACGGCAACGGUGGAAGGCUGUUUUAAUUUUUUUUACAUUACAUGAAUGUUCAUUUGAUGUAUAGAUUAAGGGGCAUAUGGACAUCAGUUAUUUACACAUUGCAUCUGUAAAGACAUUUGCAAAGAAGAAGCACUUGAUGCUGCCAAAUGACUUUAAUAUUCAUGAAUGUUGAGGUACAUAAUGAUUCAGCAAGUGUCUUGUUUUCUUUGUACAUUAAAGGUUUCCUUGCUUGGUAUGGAGAAAUAUGUAAAUGUGAAGCUACAAUAAAAAUGUUAUUGAUUA